UGAUUUUUUUUUUCCUAAGGCUCCAAUAAAAAGAAUUUUGGAGAGCUUGUGUCAGCAUUUGGAACUGCCUAAUGUGUCUGAGUAAAAAAAUCAGAAGAUGAAUAAUCUUUCAUUCAGUGAGUUAUGUUGCCUCUUCUGCUGUCCACCUUGCCCUGGGAAAAUUGCUUCAAAAUUAGCAUUUUUGCCACCUGAUCCAACAUAUACACUGAUGUGUGAUGAAAGUGGAAGCCGCUGGACUUUACACCUAUCAGAACGAGCAGACUGGCAGUACUCUUCUAGGGAAAAAGAUGCUAUUGAGUGUUUCAUGACUAGAACCAGUAAAGGCAACAGAAUUGCCUGCAUGUUUGUGCGCUGUUCACCCAAUGCCAAGUACACUUUACUCUUCUCACAUGGAAAUGCUGUUGAUCUUGGUCAGAUGAGCAGCUUUUACAUAGGACUGGGAUCACGGAUUAAUUGUAAUAUAUUCUCAUAUGAUUAUUCUGGAUAUGGCGCAAGUUCUGGGAAACCAACGGAGAAGAACCUCUAUGCAGAUAUAGAAGCUGCUUGGCUUGCUCUUAGGACAAGAUAUGGCAUUCGCCCUGAAAAUGUGAUUAUAUAUGGCCAAAGUAUAGGGACAGUACCAUCUGUGGAUCUCGCUGCUCGGUAUGAGAGUGCUGCUGUUAUUCUUCAUUCUCCUUUGACCUCGGGAAUGCGAGUCGCUUUUCCUGAUACCAAGAAGACCUACUGUUUUGAUGCAUUCCCAAACAUUGACAAAAUCUCUAAGAUAACCUCCCCAGUAUUAAUAAUUCAUGGGACUGAAGAUGAAGUCAUUGACUUUUCACAUGGCCUCGCAUUGUUCGAGCGUUGCCAAAGACCUGUGGAGCCUCUGUGGGUUGAAGGGGCAGGUCACAAUGAUGUGGAACUUUAUGGACAGUACCUCGAAAGGUUGAAACAGUUUGUGUCACAGGAACUGGUAAAUUUGUAAAAUAUUCUGUAAAUUUGCAUACUGGGUUUUCUUUCCUUGCUGAACUGCACUCUUUGGUAAAUAACAUAAAACCUGAAGGUUUUGUUUGCAAAUCAUGUCAGUUGCCUUCAUAAUUGUACAGGUAAUGAUUUGUUAACAGACUUAAUGAAGGUUUUAAUUACCAGAACUAGAAACUGGAAAUAACAGUAUCAUGCAGUCAAGCUGUGUAAUUUAUAUUUUUUCUGUGAAUUUUUUUUUAAACAUCAAAAUGAGUACUGUAUGAAAUUUUAAUUCUAUAAAAUCAAAUGCUGUAAAAGUAUUGCCAAAUGCUUUUGCAUAUCAGAAACAGAUUUAUAAAUAUUUUUAAAACAUCUCAAUGUACUAAAUCUUAUCCAGGUAUACAAAUGUAAUAUUCUUUCAAUAAAAAGCUGUAUAUCUAAAACAAUUCAAGUACUCAUAAUAGAAUAAACUGUAUGAAAAUGUGCAAGUUCACUAGAGAUGACCUAAGCCCUGUUGUACAGGGAUAAAGGUUUAAACACUUAUUUUAUUGUAAAAUACAUUGAAUUUUCUGUAUUCUCUGGUUAUCAUACAUUUUCUCCUUAAAAAACAAAUGAUGUAAGUCUUAAUUUUUAUGCCAUCUAUUAAUUUACCAACUAGUUACCUUGUAAAUGAGAAGUCAUGAUAGCACUGAAUUUUAACUAGUUCUGAUUUAUAGGUUUGGUACUAUGAGGCAACUACUUAAAAUUCUCAUUUUUGUUUUUUAAAAGGCAUUUAGAGCUUCAAGAAUGAUUUUGUAUGCAAUGUUGUUUUAAAUUUUGACUAAUCUCAUAGAAUUGCUGUACUCUCCAUUAUAAGAAAACCUGAGAGUCCUUUCGUUAGAUGUUCUUCAAGACCACAAACAGGCUGGCUAUUUGGUCAUUUUUCACUUUGGCUAUUUUUAAUAGGACCUGUUGUUUUAGAUUACUAUCUGAGAAUUUCAUGGAUUCACUCCUGAUACAGGAGAUAAGAGAACAUUUAAUUCAUAACUUUUAUAUUAACCAAUGUAGUAAAAAACAAAGCUCACACACAAAAACUAAGUUGCCUUUCCUUGAAUGAAUCCUGCCUGAAUAAAACAAUGAAAGAAAAAUAAAAAUAAAAUUAAUGGUAUGUAGUCUAAUUUGUAAAUGAAUGAAUAUUGAAAUAAUACACACUGUGGAUAUAUUUUAAGGCCUUAUGUAGUUUUAAUUGUUCUGCUUGUUCUGUGGUUAUGUCUAAGACUAUAGUAUAUGAUUCUCUUCAAAGUAUAUCAAGUAUUGUGAAUGCUUUGGUUCAGAUGUGUCAAAUUAACAGUAAAACAACAAAUAUACCA